UGCUAAGUGCUGAAGCUUUCCACUUUCCAGCGUGCUGUUGAGUAGCUGGGCAAGAGCAUAAUCUAUAUAAAUCAUCCGUACCUUCCUCAUCCAAUUAUACCUCUCAAUUCUCAAUCUUCCCUCUGAAUUCCCAUUUCCUAAACACAUAUUUAACGUGGGCUAACUUUCUGGUAAUGUUCUCCGUCAAUACAGCCUCCCUGUUCUAUCCCUCUAAGCCUUCACUAUCUUAUCGCGUCUCACCGUCGGCCUUCCGCUGCCGUGCCGCCGCUGGAGAUGCUUUGCCCGGACCAUCGUUUCCUCGUUUCCAAUCCUUGGCUUCAGCUGCUGGCGUCGCCGGUGGUGUUAGAAUUGGCGAAGAUAUCGAUAAAGGACCCGUUGUGGAUGGUGGCGUUGCGGGGAGACGCGCAGGCGGAAAUGAUGGCGUUAGAGUGAAUGCGAAGGAGAGGAAAUGGUCGCGUAACACAGAUAGCUACUUGGCGGAUGAUAAUGACGCUCUUCCACUUCCUAUGACGUACCCGGAUUCCUCGCCGGUUUCUGCUGACGAGAUUGAUAAGCGGCUUAGAUGCGAUCCCCAAGUGGAGGACUGUAAAGAAGUGGUCUAUGAAUGGACUGGCAUGUGCCGUAGCUGCCAUGGGUCGGGAUACGUAACCUACUAUAACAAAAGGGGCAAAUCGACAUCCUGCAAAUGCAUUCCUUGCAUGGGAAUUGGAUACGUGCAGAAGAUAACAGCUCGAAAGGACAUUGACGUAAUGGAGGACUUGGAUAAUGGAAAGCCGUCGUGACAAGAUAAUUUCCAGUUUUCUUCUAGGUUUUUCCUUUCCUUACUUCCGGAAGUUAUACUGUAACCUACUUGAUGAGCUGUGUAUUCUUUGGUUACUGAAAUAAUAAUAGCUUAUUCAUGUAAAUCAACUUUUUACAAUUGUAGACUGGAAAAGAAAAACCCCUUCACAGGAAAUAUAGGAACAUACUUGUAGCCUUUGGAAAGAAUUUAUUCUUUU